AGUAGGCUCCCCUAGAAUGACUUCGUCUGUAUAACUUUCGGCAACUGUUUCGAAAAUUACCUUUUAAAAAUCCCAAACGAAAUGGCAGAAAAGCAGCCAGCGAGUGGGCCAGAGGAAAACUCGGUAUCCUCACGCAUCAUGCACUUCAAUCAGCAGGCGGAGCAGCACCAGCAGUGGAUGAUGAUCAAUCCCUUCGCCCACUACAACGUCAGCGAGAUGCCUAAGCGCAGUUUUGGCCAGGAGGAGUAUGGCCGGGCUCCGGCCGGCAGUCGCUCGGAGCAGAGGGCUCUGGCAGCCAAUGUCCAGGUGCUGCAAGAGAUCUUGCAGCUUUGUGAACAGAUUGAGAAGUCCGGACAGGAAGAUCCCGAAGGGCAUGGAAGCAAGACCGUGGAGUUUGGGGCCCUUUUCGACCUCUACAACGACAUCUCUGACAAGUUACUGGCCACUCUGCUCGGUGCCAGGAAGUACGGAUUUGUGGAUUUCAGCGGGGAGACCCUGUUCCAAGGACGCGAUGAGACAGUGCCCGUGCGGCUGGUGCGCCCCUUCCAAGAACUGAAAACCGAAAUCCUGGCCAAGGUCGAGGAUCUGCAAUGCAUUUACGUGGAAAAGAUAGACAUGGAGGCGACUACACUGCGCCAGGACUAGGUGACACAAAACAAGGACUCAGAUAAAUUGAAUUAAAAUCUG